ACGCACGUCACUUAGCAAUGAAAACUCUCCGAAUUAUCGAGUAUGAGUACAUAUAUAUUGCAAAUUGUCCGGUACUCCUUAAGAAUGAGAGUCUAUGUUUAGCUUUUGAAUCAAAUCAAACAAUCUGAUUCCAUAAUCGCAUUAGUGAGUUAAAUCAAAAUAUAUACCAUAAUUAGUUAAGAUGAGAAGAUAUGAUAAAAGACGUGCAGGUUAAAAAUGAAAAGAGAUUAUGAGAGAAAGAAAGAAGACAAAUUAAUAUUUCAAAAAGAAAAGAAGGAUAAAUAAAUAAAUAACUAAGAAACCACUCGCAAAUAAAAUAAAAGGAAAUAUAAAAAGGAAAAAAGAAAUAACUCCAAAGCUUUCACCCCUCCUCCUGUCCUCGACCUUCUCUCUUUGGCUCUUCUACUGUUCUUGACUUCAUUCCCAACCCGCACGGAUUUUGCCCCGUCUUGCUUCUUCUUCACCGGAAUUAGGGUUUUUCGUCCCUCUGUCGUCGGAUCUUCUCUCCACUGUAAGCUUUCUCAGUCGCUGCAUCUCAGAUUAACUUUACACUGUAUGCUGCUGCUCUCAGCUUGCUGAUCAUCUUAUCCAGUUCUCCCUUCUUGAAGCAUCAGCACUGGCAUUUGUCCGUUUUUCUCCAGUUUCUGGGGUUACAUUUUGUGAUGGAUUGAUUUUCGUACCUGGAUUUUUUGCUAAGUCUGAUUUUUGGUGGUUCAUUUUAUUAGAGGGUUUUUGGAAUGGCUGCUUGGGUAUAUCCGAUAGUGUUGCUUCGAUUGGGAACUUUUUGCUGGCUUUUUUCCAACUCUAAAGGGGUUCUGGGCUAGUGAAGAGACGUUCUGGUUUAUGGGUAGUGACAAUUGUGCGUCUUUUUGUGGUUGAAUCACCAUUGGGUUUCCGUUUGUAAUUUAGGCUGUAGUUGUUGGGUAUGUGCUUUAAAACAAGUAAUGCUAGUGAAAGGCAAUAAUGGUUUAGAAGCUGAGACUGAGCUGCUAUCAUGUCUACUAGUUGAAGCUGAAUGUCCAGUACGUGAUGUGAGAUGUGGAAUUUCGCGAGUGAUUUGGUAAAUGUUAAUGCAUGUAGCAUGAGUGGCAAAGAAAUGGUGACUGGUGAGAGUUCAUUGGGAUGGUAGAAUAUUUUGUGAACAAAGGCUAAAAUGUAGACAAACUUAUUCCCAGUUGUAGCACCGACAUGACUAGAUUCAUUAAGCUUGUGUAUGGCUUUUGCUUUGUUUUCUUCUUGAUGUUUCAUGCGUUAACGCAAUGUGAUAUUCUGAUGAUCCUUGCUCAUUGGUACAGGUUUGGAAGUCCUUUUCCCUGUUUAUAUAGCUUGAUUGUUUGUCUCUGUGCUGCAAACAUCUAUAAUGCUACAUCACUUUGGUCUCUGGUGCUAACCUGGUCUCCUUCUCUUUACUUGUAAUUAUGUUAACUCAUUAUUCAAAAGUAGAUAGUUGUUGAUUCCAUGUAGCGUAGAGCUUGAUGUUUUUCCCCCUACUCUUUCUUAAUAUCUUUUGAUAUAGUGUCUGAUAACUGAGCAUCACCACUCCUCAAAUUGGUUUGCAUUCGUUAUCCGCAAAGAUCAUCAUUGCUGCUGAAGUCAAAAUGGAUGAUGGAGGACAUCGUGAAAAUGGACGACACAAACAAGAUCAGUUCAAAGCAGCUCAGAGUCAGUGGCUGAUGCAACAGCCAACCAUGAAGCAAAUCAUGGCAAUCAUGGCUGAACGGGAUGCUGCAAUCCAUGAGCGAAACAUGGCCAUCUCAGAGAGGAAGGCGGCAAUAGCAGAGAGAGACAUGGCAUUCCUUCAGCGAGACUCGGCUAUCGCCGAGAGAAACAAUGCCCUAAUGGAACGAGACAAUGCCAUCGCAAACUUCCAAUACCGAGACAACUCUCUCCCUAACAGCAACAACAUGUCUUCUUCCUGUCCAUCAAAUUGCCAAAUCUCCAGAGGUGUGAAGCACAUUCACCACCCUCAGCAUCUCCCGCACAUGCACGAAAUCCAAGGAAAUGAUCCCUCCCUCCCAACUUCUUCGCCUGCUAUCAUCCCAGACACAGCAAAGCCCAGACGUGGCGGUGGCAAAAGACCCAAGGACCCCACCAAGGCGAUGGGCUCCAAUAAAAGGGCCUCAUCGAAAUCAAAGGUGAAAAAGGAGAGCAACGAGUGGAAGACAGAGCAGGAUAUGGGCAUGGGAGAUGCGGAAGAUUUGAACAAUAAACAGCUCGUGAUAUCGAACUGGAAGGGUUCGGACCUCGGGCUGAACCAGAUUGCAUUCGACGAUUCAACCAUGCCUGCACCGGUUUGCUCAUGCACCGGAAUCUUCAGGCAAUGCUAUAAGUGGGGGAAUGGAGGGUGGCAGUCCUCAUGCUGCACGACCACUCUGUCGAUGUACCCUCUUCCAGCGGUGCCAAACAAGAGGCACGCUCGUAUCGGUGGGAGGAAGAUGAGUGGCAGUGCAUUCAGCAAGCUGCUGAGCCGCCUGGCAGCUGAAGGGCAUGAUCUGGCUCAUCCGGUUGAUCUCAAGAACCAUUGGGCGAAACAUGGAACCAACCGCUACAUCACGAUCAAGUAAAGAUUAACCCGGUACAAGAAUUUUACUAAUGGCAUGGUGAGCUCCUCUUGUGUGUAUCCUUCUGAGGCACACAAAUUUUACGAUCAUAAUUCUGUGGAAGGAAAGAAAUAAGCAGGGGGGCAUGAUAAGAGCGGAGGAAUAGAGUAGGCAAGGUGAUCCUCCCGACAACUUUGUUCGAGCCAGUUUUCUUCUGUACUGCAAAAUUGUUGUGUAUUGUGUAGAUGGCGUAAGUGUAUGUAGCUUCAAUUGUAAAUGUACCUCUUUUUUCCUUCCAUCGGCAUGUUGGAGUAAUGUAACUGGAAUGAUGUUAAUGAUGUAUCUGUUGUAGUAUCAAAGACUGUACUGUUCUGAGACUUUUUUCUGCAACGAACUAUUGCAUAAUUUCAUAUUGCAGAUACUGGAGAAUAAUUAGAUCUGUAACACUAAAUAAUACCAGUUGGUUUUACAGGUUACAAAAUGACCAGUUGUUUUACAUUAUAGGGGUAUCCGUCAGAAUUUCAUAUUGCAGAAUAUAAUCAGAUCUGUAGUACUGAAUAUUACCAGUUGGUUUUACAGGUUACAAAAAGAGCUGUAAGAACAAAGUAGCUGCUGGAUUUCAAACAUUUUAUUUACAAUAGGUGCAAUUGGAAAUCAAAGUAAACACGUGCUGAAGAAACUGUAACAUUAACUGAUUAAUGCAUUAAGCAACUACAUCGAAGCAUAAGCCAUUAAAAUGAAAAGAAAAAACACUGAAACAAGGUUGAAUCUUCAUUCGCUUCAAUUUCAAAGCUUAUGCAAAGCACAACAAUCCAUUGGCCAUCUUAAUCUCCAGCGAGAAGGUUGUGACUCCAUUGCUGUCCUGCAUAUUUCACAACAUAACGAAGCCCUUUCCAGUUUCCAGCUUCAAAAUAUUAAUGGGGACUACAAUCAAGUCAGUUAAAUUCAUUGAAAGUUGAAUCAAAAUAAGCUUGCAGUGGGAUGGGUUUUCCGAGUGUCAGAUCACGAAUCAUCAGCAUGAGAAUUUUAUCAGACAGGGAUAACUGUGAAUAUAAUUGUCUCAUCAUCCACAAAAAAACCCACCAUUGCAGAGAAAGCAGAUUAACUUGAUAACAAAAACGUAAAAAAGAUUGAAGUUUUACAUAAAAAAAUGGAGAAGAAGCCUCAGACCGUCCUAGUUCAUGAAAUUUUCAACACAGAGAUUCAGUAAAGUCUCAAAAAGAAUCGUUCAUCACUAGCUUUCUCCUCAAUUGAACUUCAAAAAACAAAACAAAUAAACAUCGGAAGCAAUGAAAAAGUUUUAAGGCAUCAGAUCUUCCUAUUCAAAGAAUCUGAAUCACAGCAACCCAUUAGGGCGCUCAAUGGAUUCGGCAAAUUCGUUCGUCAUUUGCCCAUCACAACCCAUUGGGACUAGAAAGAAAGAAAAAACAAAGGAAGAGAUGAAGAGAAUUAAGAAGAUAGCAAAAGCUUAUAGGCGGCGGAAGCCAUUGAAGUGUAGCUAAGCAACGGCGAUGGAUGAAUUACAGGCUACAGCCGCGUUUGAGUUUUAUAAAGUUUCGGCGAGGGUUUUAGGGUUUUGAAUUGGAAUUGUUGGUGGUCAGGUCUGCAUCACCGACGGGCUACUGGGCCAGACCCAGAACUCUACCCCGUCAUUUUUGGCUGCUGUGGGCUAAGCCAAUAUAAGCCCGUAAAAUGAAAUAGGCCCAGAUAGCGUGUACGAUGCAUCAGAUUUAUUGGUUUAGUUGUGUAGGUUUUGGAACAUCUCGAAGAACAUCUCAUAAUCCAAACUCAAAAAUAUAUAUAUAUUUUUUUUUAUAGAAAUCUGCAACUCAAAAAUAUUUUUAAUACCACUAAUCUUGAAUCUAGAAUUUUCAGAUUCAAAUCUUUUAAAUAACACAAAAAUCAAACAUGUAUCAUCUUAUAAAAAUAUAAAUAAUUU